AUGCCUGCCCCCGCGCUAGACGAGUUUCAGAUUGGCUGGAUAUGCGCUCUACCCAUCGAGACAGCGGCUGCCCAGCAAAUGCUCGAUGAAAAUUUUGGAACGGUCGAGGAACAAGAUGCACAAGAUACAAAUAUCUAUACACUGGGCCGAAUCAACAAGCAUUAUAUUGUGAUCGCAUGCCUUGGUGGUCAAUAUGGGACCACAUCGGCAACUAUAGUUGCAAAUAACAUGAUGCGUACAUUCUCUAAGUCGCUGCGAAUCGGGUUAAUGGUCGGAAUUGGAGGAGGGAUCCCAUCUGCUGCGCAUGAUAUCCGACUUGGUGACAUUGUGGUCAGUUAUCCGACGGGUACAUGUGGCGGGGUGCUGCAAUAUGAUAUGGAGAAAAGUCUAGAUGGGGAGUACACUCGCACUGGGUCAUUGAACAGCCCCCCGAGGCUGUUAUUAGGUGCAGUAAAUAUGAUGAAGGCCAAUAUGCUGGGUAACGACCCGUCAUAUCCUGGGUUUGUUGCCGAUGUGAUAGGAAAGAAUGCGCGGACGCGGCGGAACUUCGGCCGUCCAGACAAACAGCAAGAUCGACUUUUCAAAGCCGAACAUAGGCAUCCUCCUGAUACAAAUACCUGUGAAGGGUGUCAUGAAGAAUGGAAGGUGAUAAGAGACCCCCGUGAGGACGAUGAACCCCAGCCGCAUUAUGGUAUUAUCGCCUCAGGAAACUCCGUCAUCAAAGAUGCACUACGACGCGAGCAACUACGGAAGGAUACUGGAGCGCUAUGUUUUGAAAUGGAAGCUGCAGGCCUGAUGCAGGACUUCCCGUGUAUUGUGAUUCGUGGUAUUUGCGAUUACGCCGAUUCACACAAAAAUAAGCAAUUCCAGGGAUUUGCUGCCUUGGUUGCAGCAGCGUAUACGAAGGAGUUGCUUCAAUAUGUACCUCGAGGUCAAGUAUCUGGGGAAAAGUUAAUUGCAGAUAUCUCUGGAAUUGUAGAUAGCCUGAAUACCCUGGGCUUAUCAAGUCAACAAACGAACCAAAAGAUCGAGGAUCUAAGACGGCAAAUUGAUUUUUCAAAAUUACCAACUGCUAGAGAUGCUGUCUACGGUGCAUACGCGAAUCAACAUGAGCCUGAGUGCCUGCCAGGAACUAGGACUGAAAUUCAAAACAAAGUUACCGAUUGGGCUACUUCACCAGCAAGCAAAUGUGUAUUUUGGCUAAAUGGAAUGGCAGGCACUGGAAAGUCCACCAUUUCCAGAACAGUGGUGAGAUCUUUUAAAGAAAAAGAAAUGUUGGGAGCAAGCUUCUUCUUCAAAAAGGGUGAAGGCGAACGUGGGAAUGCAACAAGAUUUGUUUCAACAAUCUCAACACAACUGACGGCCAAAGUACCCGAGUUGAUCCCAUUCAUCAGGAAAGUAAUUGACCAGGAUGCCGGUAUUGCACAGAAGUCACUACAAGAGCAGUUCGAUCAGCUUCUUCUUCAACCAUUACUUAGAUUGCAAGGGCCCGCUAGAAAUUCGAUUUUAGUAGUGGUCAUUGACGCACUGGACGAAUGUGACGAGGAUAAGGACAUACGUCAUAUAAUACGAUUACUCCCUCAAUUACAAGAAUGUGGCUUUAUACGCCUUCGAAUAUUCCUGACAAGCCGUCCAGAGCUACCCAUUCGCCUGGGCUUCAAGGAUAUCGCAGAAGACCAUCAGUUCCUGGUGCUUCAUGAGAUGGAACAGACUGAUAUAGAGUAUGAUAUAUCCUUGUUUCUGGAGCACAGACUGGCAGAAAUAAGGAACGAUCAAUCGUUACCUCUGGAAUGGCCUGGGAGUACCAAAAUCCAAAAACUGGCUACAAUGUCCACCCCGCUAUUCAUAUUCGCUGCGACUGUGUGUCGUAUACUUGAGGACCGUCAGUGGAAUUCAGUGGAUAGUCUAAAUGAGAUUUUAGCACAUCAAAACGAAGACUCUCGUCUGAAUGGAACAUAUCUGCCCAUAUUAAAUCGACUUUUUAUAGCACAAAGUGGGAAACGAAGGGAACAAUUGAUCGCCGAAUAUAGAGAUGUAAUAGGAGCUAUUGUUAUGCUUGAAAGCCCGCUUUCAGCUAUUGGAUUGUCAAAACUUCUUAGCAUGACGCAACGGUUUAUUAACAUCCGUUUGGAUUCACUUCAUUCUGUGCUUCACAUUCCGCGCGAUGAUACUAUGCCCGUGAGGCUUUUCCACUUAUCUUUUCGAGACUUCCUCCUGGAUGUGGCGACUCGUGAGCGAACUCCGUUAUGGAUCGAUGGAGAAGCCGUACAUGAAAAAUUGACUACUCGAUGCCUGGAAACUUUGCGCUGCCAUUUAAGAAGAAAUAUUUGUGAUUUACCAAGUUAUGGGACGGAACGCAAAGGGAUUAGUACACAGGUUAUCGACCAAAAUCUUCCAUCCGAAGUGCAAUAUGCCUGUCGUUACUGGGCACAGCAUCUGGUGCAAAGCAGGGACCCUUCUAUGCAACUGAGGAACGCUUCCACAUUCAUUGACGAUCAUUUCUAUAAUUGGAUUGAGGCAAUGAGCAUUCUAGGAUUUGCGGCGGAGGUUGUGAGGAUAAUUAAUAUAUUGCAAACUGUUGUACUGGAUAAUGAUGACGAGAGAAUAUCAACGUUUUUAUACGAUUCAAAAAGGUUUAUGCUGAAAAAUGCAUAUAUACUCGAUAUUGCACCGCUUCAGCUAUACUCGUCCGGACUGAUUUUUGCGCCACGGUCGGCAAUUAUUAGGGAGAAAGUCGAAAAGUUUCCUAGUUGGAUCUGUAGUUUCCCUCAGGUCGAGGAAAGUUGGAGUGCAGACUUUCUGACUCUAGAAGGACAUUCUGAUAUAGUCCAUUCUGCAGCGUUUUCGCCAGAUGGUCGGCUUCUGGCAUCGGUCUCUGAAGAUACAACAAUUAAAAUAUGGGACGUAAUCACCGGUGCCUUACAAAAGACCGUCAAGGGCGAUGACUGGCCAGUUCAAUCUGUGCUGUUCUCACGGGAUGGCCAAUUUGUGAUCACAGGCUCUAUUAGUGGAACGAUAAGGUUUUGGGAUGUUACUACAGGGGCCCUGUACCGAACUUUAGAGGUCAGUUCAAAGACGGUCUAUACUAUUACCGCUGCAAUUUCCCCAGAUGGUCAAGUGUUAGCAACGGCUUCCGAACGUAUCAAGCUUUGGGAUGUUGCCACAGGGGCCUUACGUAGUACUCGACAUGAGGAAUGGUUCUUGGAGGACGAACCCGCCUCAGAAGAUGAACCAUCCUCAGAUUAUGACGAUCUUUCGGAUUCAGAGCUAAUAUCAUCGGAGGAUUCGAUCUUGCAAGAUGGAUUAACUUCAAACCGUGAAGUUAUUUUGGAAACACAACUGGCCUCUGGAGACGAAAAUAUUUCAGAUGAAGAAUCUUUUGUAUCAGAAGAAUCCACUCCGUCGGACGAACUGCUUUUGAAAAGACAUAUAGAGCUCGUUCACUUUAUAAAAUUUUCACCCAACGGAAACCUCUUGGCAUCAAGUUCUAAAGAUGCUAAUAUAUACCUUUGGAACAUUCCUACUGGGGCCAAAAAUAAAGUGUUAACAGGUCAUGCUGACCAUGUUGAUUCUGUCGAUUUUUCUCCAGAUGGUCAGAUGCUAGCAUCUGGCUCCGGAGAUGGAACAAUAAAGCUCUGGGACGUUUCUUCUGGAACCAUACAAAAUACCUUUUUGGUCAACCGUUAUCGGAUUAAGUCAGUAACAUUGUCACUGGAUGGAAAAUUCUUAGUGUCGGGUUCUAGUGAUAGUGUUAUCAGACUCUGGGAUAUUUCAACUGGUAAUGUGCAGCAGACUCUGAAAGGACAUGGAGAUUGGGUUUAUUCUAUCACUAUUUCAAGAAAUGGCCAGUUGCUCGCGUCAACAUCUGCCGAUAAAACCAUUAAGCUUUGGGAUAUAUCCGUCAAAUCUGCACUGCAGGAUUCUGGACAUCUGAUUGUUCAAUCUGUGGAUUUCUCACCUGACGAGAAACUCCUAGCAUCCGGUUCUGCUGAUGGCACCGUCAUAAUCUGGUGUAAUCUCACCGGCUGUGUGGAGCAUAUCUUGAUGGACUCAUCAUAUCAGCCUCAGAAUAAGGUUCAUAUGUUUGAUCGGUACAUGAAGUUCGGGUUUGUCAAAUUUUCACCUAAUGGGCAAAUACUAGCCUCAGGAACUGGAGAUGGAACAAUCAAGCUUUGGAACACUACCACCGGAUCCCUUCAACAAAUAUUAAAUGAUGAAUCUGGUCGCGUAAUAUCUACUGAAUUCUCCUCAAAUGGAUGUUUGCUACUGUCAGGUUCUACAAACAAAACAGCCACGUUAUGGGACGUUGAAACUGGAACUAUUCAGAGAGUCAUGAAUAAUCAUCUUGCCUGGGUCGAUACAGUGGCAAUCUCAACUGACGGACGGUUUGCAGCGUCAGGUUCGGAAGGCAUAAUACGUGUAUUAUCUCUUCGUGGUCCCGUAAUUGAAUAUGAGAAACGAACUCUUCGCGAUUAUAGAAGUGCUCCACCAUUUGCCGAUCGCUUUAGUAGGAAUGGUAUGGCAUUUUCUCCAAACGGCAAAAUUCUGGCAAUAGGCUAUAUGAAUCUACAGCUUUUGAAUACUUUCUCUGGAGAGGAAAUAAAAAUUCUUGAAUGCGGGUAUAUCUUCUCAAUUGCAUUCUCAUCGGAUAGCGAGCUUCUAGCAUCUAGUUCUCCGGGAGGGACCAUCAAAUUAUGGGAAAUUGAAACUGGAGCUUUACUGCAAAGUUUCCAUUUCCAAGGUAAAGCCACAGACUUGACCUUUUCUCGACACAGUCCACAGCUGUUUACCAAUCUGGGGUCAAUCAAUGUCCACCCUUGGUAUAGCACUGAUACUGUCAAGAAUGUUCCCGAGGCAAACUUUGAGGUGUUUCUCCAAGACAAUCAGUGGAUAACAAUUAACGGUGAAAAUGUACUAUGGCUUCCUCCUGAGUGGCGACCUGUCUGUUCCGCAUUUAGAAAUGGUACUCUUGCCCUUGGCCAUGAAUCUGGACGAGUCUCAUUGAUGAGGUUUCAGGUAUAA